AUGACUAAUAUUAUAUCUUAAUAUUGACUACAGUUAAGUUGGUUUAACUCCCUAAUGUGUGUGUUUUAAAGGCAGUAAAGUUUGAAUUUGUAUUAUAUAUUUAUAUUUGUAUUAAGUUUGAAUUAUAUUAUAAAAAUUUGUGUAAUACAUGUCUGACUGUUAAAACAUCCUUGUUUUUAGGAAACGUGACUUGUACACCUUCAUUACAAAUGAGGAGUUGGAUAGAAUAGUGGCAGAAAUACACCAGAGAUACCCUAAUGCUGGCUACAAGAUGAUCUUGGGACACAUAAGAUCCAGGGAACUGCGUAUACAAAGAGAAAGGGUUUUAGCAUCAUUAAGACGAGUAGAUCCUGAAGGAAUGGAACUACGCAGGUUACGCCUUAGGACAGCUAGACGCCGACGUUACAGUGUACCAGCUCCCAACCAUUUAUGGCACAUUGAUGGGAAUCAUAAACUUAUUCGAUGGAAAAUUGUUAUCCACGGGGGAAUUGACGGCUAUUCUCGGCUUGUGGUUUACUUAAGAUAAGGGGGGAGAAAAUGUAAUGUUUGCCCGCUUCAUGAUACAAACCAGAGGAAUAAACAGACAUUCACACAUUACAGGAAGAAGUGUGCACAACCAGAGAAUUGAGCGGCUGUGGAGAGAUGUCUUUGACCAAGUAAUAGACCUCUUCUACACUACCUUUCGUCGUAUGGAAGAUGAAGGAUGGCUUAAUCCGGACCAGGAUGUGGACUUGUUUGCCUUGCACUGGACUUACAUGCCACAAAUUCAGAGGCAUCUACAAGAAUUUCAGAGUGCCUGGAAUAGUCACAGUUUAAGAACCGAAGGCAACAGAACUCCUCUGCAGCUCUGGUCAAAUCAUGAGAGGGAUGCUUCAAAUCAGGGAAAGCUCACAGCGCUAGCAGCGCCCACACGUGCACGACACGGUGCGCAGUACAGGGAGGAUCCCCCUCGAGCCGGCGUUGAACCGAAGCGUUGUGUGCUUGUGUGUCGGCGAGCAAAGUGCCCUUUUUAUUCUUUGAGCACCUGCCCCUCCAAUGGUCUCUGCACGGCCCUGAUAUUGAUGAAGUCAGGGAAGACCUUCAAGGGCAACCAGCAGAAGGUGUUCAUGUUCCUCAGUUGGAUCUGCCUCGUGGCUUGACUGAAGAAGAGCUGGAAACAUUACCAAACCCAGAUGUACCAUACUCGGAUGCGUUAUCUGUCUACAUGAACACAGUUCUUGCCGUGAAACAAAUGCUUGGUGAAAUUUAAAGGGGUUUAGAAAUUGUUUGUGCAUAUCAGACAGACAAGUUGAAUAAUUAGGAACAUGUGGAUUUCAUUUAUUUGUGCACCAACUGGAUAAAAUGCUUUGUUACUGCACAAUAAAAAAGCUGAACAACUGGAGUAUUUAAUUGUCAAAUAAAAACAUUAGACAAUGUUAUUUAAAAUUUAACCUUCACCCAAAUGAAAUUCAACUGCUAGGAUUUUAAUGCUACUCUAAUUGUGUUUUGUGAAGGAAGUUAUAUGCACCUAGGAUGGCAUGAGGGCGAGUAAAACAUGAGGUAUAUUUCAUUUAUGGUGUAACAAUUUCUUAGAAUAGCCACUGUUAGAAUGAGCCAAGUUGAACAAAAUAAACAUGCAUCAAUUAAGUUUACAUUUAUCUUAGCUACAGUUUUAGCAAAUCAUUUAGUAUGAACUUGACAGAAAUUGUCACUGAAAAAUAAACAGCUGAUCAACUAACAUUUCAUUUUGUC